AUGAAGAAUUUCUUUUCACCAGAUCCGAUUCAGGAUAAAGAACUCGCCUCUCCAGUGACUAAUUAUAUAAAAUCGCGGACCAGAAAAGCGUUCAGCGAUUUCGUCGAGGAAAUGGCGGCUGAGAGUGAAACGGAGUCCCCUGAAUAUUUAACUUUGAAAUCUGACCCGACGGCUUUAAUGUCUACGCCGCAACUGGCCACUCUACACGGGAAACGUAUGGAGUCCCACGUAGUCCUCACCAAAGACGGAUAUUUUCUCACUCUCCAUCGACUCGUUUCAUCGUGUUGGAAGAACAGUGGCAGACAGUUUUGCACCAACGAAACGGUACUGCUGCAUCACGGUCUGUUGGGCAGCUCGGCUGACUGGAUCCUACUGGGUCCAGAUGAUUCUCUACCAUAUAUUUUAUCCAAUCUUGGAUACGAUGUCUGGAUGGCUAACGCACGAGGUAAUUAUUACUCUCGAAGUCAUAAGUCGAGGAAGGUAGACAGCACCGAGUUUUGGAAGUUUUCCUUUCAUGAAAUCGGAUCUUAUGACUUACCGGCUGUUGUUGAAUAUAUGAAAAUUGUAAGGAACAAUAGUGCACCGAUUAACUAUAUUGGUCAUUCUAUGGGAGCGACGGCUUUCCUAGUUUUAUUAUCGUUAUUUCCCCACUACAACAGCAGUUUUAAAUUGGCUGUAUUUCUAGCCCCUCUGGCGUAUCUGUCAAACACGGACGGCCCUCUACGCAUACUCAAAUCGAUGGCUUAUAACCCUCCUGUUCACCUCCUUAAACUAUUGGGCAAUGGAGAAUUUAUGCCGAAGAGGAGAGUACCUUUUUGGAUAGCCAAUAAAUAUUGUCAAGGCCCCGAAAUAUUCUGUUGCAAUCCCUUAUUUUUCUUCGCUGGAUCGAUUCCCGCUCAUAGCGAGACGUUUGAUAGAAGUUUUCUCGCGAGGCUUUUGUUUCAUCUGCCUGCUGGUGGCUCGACGCAGACUAUACUUCACUAUGCGCAGUUGAUAAAGAGCGGUAAAUUCCAUGUGUAUGAUGGUGAUGCUGAAGAAUAUUCAUUGACAAAUGUAACAGUGCCCAUUGCUUUAAUAUCGUCUAGUGACGAUACUCUAUCAACUGUUAAUGAUGUAUUGAGAUUAUACUUCAGUAUCCAGAAACCAAUCGACCAUUAUGUGAUACACGACAAAGAGCUAAAUCAUACAGAUUUCGUAUGGGGACAGCGUGCGACUGAAUUGGUUUUUGGGAAAGUUGUCGAUUUUUUAACAACUGGCCUACAGUAUAAUGCAACGAAAGUAAAUGAGGUGUAA